AUGGCAACACAUGCGCAGAAGAGAGAGGGCGACAUAAGCGAUGCUUUCUCCUCACUUUCUGAUUUAACCCCUGCACCACUGGAGCCACGUUUUGCUAUUCUCAAGAGUGAAAUGGUUGCUGGGAAGGAAGCUCUCAUACAAAAUUCAUUUUUUCGACUGCUAGACGCCCUGAAGGAAGAGAUAGCAGUCGUCAAAGCAUUGAAAAGUAAGGUGAUCCCUGAGAUUGACUUUAAAGAUAUCAAGGAUGCAAGCACCAAGUUCAGUGCCGAAUACAAGUCUCGAGGAGCGGCAAUAAUCAGAAAUGUGAUUCCACCAGUCGAGGCAAUGGAAAUGAAAGAAGAACUCCAAAAGUAUAUCGCUGCAAAUCCACAAACCAAGGCUUUCCCAAGCGAUAAUCCUCAGGUAUACGAACUAUACUGGUCACCGGCUCAGAUCAGAGCGCGAUCACAUCCAUAUCUCUUGGCCGCCCAGAGGUUCCUUCUCUCUCACUGGCACUCAACAGGCCCUGGUUUGUUUUCUACUGCCCAUCCAACUAUAUAUGCCGACCGACUUCGUAUGCGAACACCAGGAGACAAUACCUUUGCUCUUGGCCCUCAUGUCGACGGAGGCGGUCCAGAAAGAUGGGAGCCCAACGGGUAUGGACAGGUCUACGAGGCAGUGUGGCAGGGACGAUGGGAAGAUUAUGAUCCUUGGGAAAUCAGUUCUCGUUUGUCCGUGAGGUCGGAUCUGUACCAGGGUGUCGGAGCCUGCAGCAUGUUUCGUGCCGCGCAAGGUUGGUUGUCACUAAGCACUACAAAGGCACAUGAAGGGACUUUGCUGGUGAAUCCAAUGCUGAAGCAUGCAACGGCCUACUACCUUUUGCGACCCUUCUUCUCUGCCAAGAAAGGACCAAUGGACCCAGAGACUGGAGUUUUUGACGAAUCUUUCCUUGCGCCAGACAAUUGGGUUCUGGACUCGCCUCAAACAUCUUGGCUCCAAGGAGCAUCACUGGGAAAGGGGCAGGAGCUGAGCAAAGUACUACAUCCACAUCUUGAGCUUGAUAGCACUAUGAUUCAUAUCCCUGAGGUCAGACCUGGUGACUACGUAGCCUGGCAUUGCGAUCAGAUACAUGCAGUCGACAAGAAACACGAGGGCACUUCUGACAGCUCCGUCUUGUAUAUUCCCGCAUGUCCUCUCACAAUUCAGAACGCAGAGUUCCUUGCUCGUCAACGGCAAGCGUUUCUUGAAGGACUACCCUGCCCUGAUUUUGGCGGUGGUGUUGGGGAGACGAAUCACAUCGGUCGGCCAGGCGUGGAGGAGGUUGAAGCAGCAAGUCAAGGUAAAGAUGCAGGCAUGGUCGCGUUUGGCCUUCAAGAAUGGGAUAGUUCGGCAGCAGGUUUGAGUGAUGCUCAGAGAGAACUCUUCGACAGAGCGAACAAAGUCCUAGGCUUUUAUGAUUAG